GUCAUCAUCCAGCUGAUCUGAGUGUAAACAACGUUACAACUUUAUUACAAUCUGCACGAUCUUUAGGUUGUCCAGAGUGGUUAGAUGACACAUUUUUCUACAUCUGACUGGAGGGAAGUGCACUAAAAAAGAGCAGGUCAACGUCUGUCGUCAUCUUUUGGCAGUCAUCACUGACGUACGUCAUCAAACAAAGCCCUACAUCAUGUCUGAUGCUUCCAAGAUUCCCGCUGGCGUCCACGUCCAUUUCAUCAAGGAUGUAGCCAUCUUAUGGUUGAACAAUGGAGAGAACAGAUUCAAUCAAUCAUCAUUGAGAGAGAUAAAUGCGGCUCUGGAUCAAGUGGAAAGAAAUGGACAUGCCAAAGCCAUGAUCAUAACCGGGGUUGGUAAGUUCUUCAGCUGCGGCUUAGACACUGCAUGGAUAAGCCAGCAAGACACCGCAACACUGACUGAGUUCUUUCCUGCUUACGAGAACCUCCUGCAAAGAAUGCUGACGUUCCCGCUAGUGACCCUGGCAGCAAUAAAUGGGCAUGCCUAUGCAGCAGGUGGUAUAAUCGCCAUGGCAUGCGACUACCGCAUCAUGAGGACGCAGCGAGGAUGGAUCUGCUUCCCAGAGAUCAACAUCAAAGUACCCUUCCGCCCUGAAACAGCUUCAUUCCUAAGGAUGAAACUGAAGGACAACAUUGUAUUCCGAGACCUGGUGCUGUAUGGACAACGAUUGACCGCCGAGGAGGCUGUGCAGAGAGCCGUGGUUGAUCAAUGUGUGGAAAUGAAGGACCUUAUCAAUUCAGCAUUAGCCUUCACUACCAAACGCAUCGGGACUGAAGGCUUUGACAGACAAACCUUGCAGCAGAUGAAACAAAACCUGUAUGGAAACUUCUGCCGACAGGACAUAGGAUCUACUGGAAGGAGCAUGAAGGAAGUCAAAGUGAUGUUUACAGAAGCAAACAAGGCGAGACUGUAACAGGCUGCUAGGCAUGUAUGCUUCCGUUUUGAAAGGGCAAGGGCACCAAGGCAUUUUCUCCUUGGUAAAGGGCACCCUUUGAGGAAAUUGUAAACUUCUA